UUUAUUUAUAGAUAUAGCGAGUGUAAUUCGGCAAAUGUAUAUAUAUAUGUAUGUUGUGUAAGUAAGUAUGCAUACCUACAUCACUACAUCGAUCUAAUACAGACGUGCAAGUGAACUUUGGUGUGACAGAAGCGAGAAGAAGGAUAUUUAGAAUACAUGUAUAACAAAGGAGGUAAAGGAUUCUUCGUGUCGAGGUGUUUUGAUGCCUGCGAAUUAUGUUGUGCACGCAAUCCCGAGGCAAACGCCUUCUCGUGUACCUGUGAAAGACAUACAUUUGAAGGCUGAACGUCUGUUUGUCCCCGUGAGAACGAAAUGCCACUUUAGUUGACGUUUAACGAUUAUUCGCGAUUAACGAAACACGAAAAUUAUGUCGAAGCCCGAUGCACCGAAAUUUGUCAUCGCGCUUUUUUCUUUCAAAGGGAAAAACAACGAUGAGUUGUGUUUCAAGAAAGGAGAUAUUAUAACGAUAACUCAAGUGGAUGAUGAAGGCUGGUGGGAGGGCACGUUAAAUGAUAAAACUGGUUGGUUCCCCUCGAAUUACGUUAAAGAAUAUAGAAAUCCAGAUGGUGGUCAUACAUCGAUCAAAACAUCUCCAGAAAGAAGCCCACAGGAAUCACCAGCCCAUCAGAAACUUAAUCGCGACAUAGUAUUGAAAGAUAUUGUGGAAUCUGAGAGAGUAAAUGUAGCAGAAUUGCAAGGUUUAGUGAAUAACUUUUUACAGCCUCUUGAGGCAUCAAAUAUACUGAAGAAGGAUGAAUAUAAGCAGCUACUUGGUAAUAUACACGAAAUCUUGGAAACUCACCAAUGUCUGUUGGCAAAUUUGGAAGCAACCAUUUUACAAGGACUUUCUGGAAGAAUAGGCAACCUUUUCUUAACUAUUGCACCAAGGCUAAAAUCUAUUCAUACUACAUAUUGUAAUAAUCAUCCACAAGCUGUUUGUAUACUAGAUAGAUACAGAGAUGAAUUAAAUGAAUUUAUGGAACAUAGCGGAGCAAUAUCACCUGGUAUAUUGGUAUUAACUACUGGUCUUAGUAAGCCAUUCCGAAGAUUGGAUAAGUACUCUGCAAUGCUUCAAGAAUUAGAAAGAUAUACUGAAAAGAAUCAUCCAGAUAGAGGAGAUACUCAACGUAGUAUAGCAGUAUAUAGGGAAAUCACGGAUCAUUGUGCUUCCAUACGUAAGCAGCGUGAGCUGGCACUUCAAAUAUUAACCAGUGGAAUUAAAGGCUGGGAAGGUGAAGAAUUAAAUUCAUUAGGCGAGAUUAUUCAUGUUGGAGCUGUAACUCUGGCAACUGUAGAUCGCAGAGACCGAUAUUUUGUUUUAUUUCCCACCACACUACUAGUUCUUAGCACAAGUCCCAGGAUGAGUUCCUUCAUUUAUGAGGGAAAACUCCCAUUAACUGGUAUUAAUGUAACUGGAAUUGAAGAUACAGAUGAAAUAAGAAACGCUCUAGAGAUCACUGGACCAAUGAUUGAGAGUAUCGUCGUGCUGUGUGCCACAAAAGAAGAGAGACAACGUUGGAUCGAUCUCUUGAUUCAGGAUCAAGGCACUAGCCCCUUGAAAUCGCCAACAGUGUCACGUGUGAGUUGUCAUCAUCCUCCGUACGCUCGACUCUCGAGAUACUUUGCGAAGCUCGUGAGAAAAAAAGUCAUAUACCCGGAAUUAGUGAAAAAGUUGUUAUACAUGCAAUAUGUUUUGAGGCCCGACUUGAGCGAUGUAAAAAUGAGAAAGUGCAAUGUGACCUAUAUUAUUUUAACCGCUCGUAGCAGUGGAUCAGAGUCAGACGCAUCUGCUGAGAGUAAUGUACAGGAAGAACCGCGAAUAUUGCGUAAAUCCUCGGUAAUCCUGGACGUUAGAUACGUGAUAGAUAAUACUGAUCUUAGUACGGUGGGACUCGCGAGCACCUCCUCGCUCACGAAUUUCACACCGAGAGCCGAUCGCGAUUCCUUCGCCGAAACUAGUAAAAGUUUACCACCUGAUGCCGCGAUGAGUCACGUCCUGCCGCUUGCGUCGAGCAAAUCCUACACGCCGAAAUUUCAAGCGCGUAACGAGUAUUGUCGGGAACAUCUGGAAAUUCCGCACGACCGAGAGCACGGCGAUCUAACGAUGAAUUAUUCGAAAACGAUCGAGCUCUAUCCGAAAAUGUCGGAGAUUCAUUAUAACUCGGUGACAAUCGCCCAGGAGGAUAGCGUAAAAGCGGAACUUGGGCAAACGGGCGCGAAUACCAGUUUACGGUCGUCGGAUUCGGGAAUGGCCGAGAGUUAUCGCUUAAAUUCGUCUGAAAUGAAUUCCUGUUACAAGUCAUACGCAUCUAGUCAUACGAAAUAUACAGAUCCCGUAAGAACAUCUCAUAGCGAAAGCGAUAACGACGAGAAUAAAUUUGAGCAUCAGUGUAUUUGUACUUCGCCGUUUGGCUCUACACCCCGAGAUAGCGCCCAUUCUUUGGGCUCGUCGAAAAAUAUCGAUGAAUGUACAAGUCUUGCGAAAACUAGCGAUAUUGAUGGCGAUGCGAAUAACGAUGCGAAUAAUAGCGGGAAAAAAAUUCAAGAAACUGGAUUAACUAUACCUCUAAUAAAUUAUGGAAACGUGCAAGGAAAGAGGUAUACGCAACCGAUACCAUAUGCACAUCAGUGUGUAAUUAAAAGAAUCGGGAGACGUGUAAUUCGUCCGAUACAGCCGAUUAUGGAGGAACGUGAUGAGCCAACUAAUCAAGUGUUUUCAUCUGGACUGUAUGCUCAUUGGUGGCUCAAGAAACCUAUCCCGAUAUUUGGAUACACGGAACAAGGCAAGCUUCCAUGGCAUGGCUGUUUCUUCUUUGAUCAUUUCAGUUUUUUAACCAUUGCUGGUGUUCUUACUAAUUAUCAUUUUUCACCAAAAAGAGUAUGCCCUUAUUUCACAGCCAUGUUGUGUGAAAUGAUCAAUCAGCUGAACGGGAAGCACCAACAACCGAUGGGGCAUUGCACGUCUCCAGGAAUUAAGGCACCUUGGAGCCUUGCAUCAUUAAGACCCGCUCCUCCCAUAUAUUCUCUUAAGAGCUUUGGAAAAAUAGAUACUACCACAGAUACAUCGCGUCCACAACGAUCAUGCAACGAGCGACAGUUUGAAGAAGAUGCAAUCAUACUGAAAGUAAUAGAAGCUUAUUGUCUUUCUGUCAAUGCUAGAUUUACUGUACAUUCUGCAGAAUCUAAUUCAAUGUUAGAUUAUGAUUCACAAAAAUCACGCGAUAGGGUAUCCUAUGCGCAAAAUAGAGGCAAUUCAGAAUCUUGUAAUGACAGGACAUUAUCUGAAACGGUUAAAACAUUGAAGAAUCAAAUGACGGACCUGCAAUCACAAAUGUCACUACUAACAAAACAAUUAGACGAAGAAAGAAGAUCCCGACUUUCAUUAGCUGCUACGGUAAAACGUAGCAUGGGAGUCAUAGACGGAUAAAGAUAUUGAUAACAUCAAAAAUAUAUAACCAUAAGAAGAGUGUUCCAAAAGUUGUUCAUAAUGUUCAUAUUUUAUAUAUACAAGUUUUAAUUAUAAAAACACAUUAUAUAUAUCAUGCAUUGUUGGAAUGUUUUUCAUAAAGUUUACUAUUUGUUACACAUAUGCGCGCAUCUCACACACAUACAUAACAUAUAUACAUUUAUGAUAAGCAUAGAAUAAAGA